AUGUCCCACCGCCCUGCCCGCUCGCCAUUGUUUCCUACCUGUACCAAAGAGGGCCAUCCGAUGACGCGGCACAAUUCUCCGCCUGUCGCCCAGAUCCGGACCUCCUUUCCAACCGUUGCAUCAACACCACCUUUGAAGGAAAAACCCAACUACGAUCGCCCUUCUCUAGCUCAGAGUCUGAAGUCGGAGAAAGCAAUUGAACCACAGCCAACGGAACUCGCCGCGGCAGAUUCAGAUGACGAGUUGAGCUCAGUCGAGGGUGAUUCAACUACGGGCAGUGUCUUCGAUCUAGAUUCUGAUCAGGAUUCGGACGUCCCUCUUCAGGAGCUGAGAGCCAAGCAGGCUUGCGUCCAGCGUCAAGGUCCGAGAUGCAACGCAGAUCAGCGAGCUCCUCACUACCAAGAACCAGCAAUUGCCGAGCUGUACGAGAAAAUGCAAGCAGCGGCGAUUAGACAAGCAGGAGGAAAGUGGCGACCAAUUUCGGCAAAUCCAGAUACCUGGCUUGAGGGCGAAAAAAGCACCGCUGCUAUUGGACGACUGUUUCGUCGAUACAACGUCGUCAAACCUCCUUAUGUACGGUGGGAAAAUAGCCGGAUGAUUAUGGGUCCGCGGACUACCGAGCUUCGCGAGAAGAGAAGGCAGCGCCGCCGUACGCAAAGACAGAGGUGUGCCACUCCGGAGCCACCAACAAGGAGAAGUGCAACUUCAAGACUUCCGGUGCGUCAGACGUCAAUACGAUCACCACCUCCGGAGCCUACCACAGAAGCCCAGAUCCUCCUUCGUAGCGGGGAUACGAUGCUCUCCCGGGCGGACAUUGAUGCCCUUGUCUCUCCGAGCCAAAAUAUCAGCCUGGCCAUGGAGGACAUUGUAGCAGAAGAGAGACGUAUUGAGCAUCUUCAAGAGAUGAUUGUGCCAGCACUUAGAAAGAAGUAUGCUGUUCUACAAGUCCUCAAGUCCUUUAAGCAGGGCUCGUCCACAAUCGAACGGCGCCUCCCGCUACUCAAUUAUCCAGCGAUCGAUCAAUAUGAAAGAGGGACUUCAGAGGUACAGGGAACGGUCAGAGGCGGGCUCGCGCAGCCGCGAACGGUGGAAAGAGUGAGCGGGCAAGGCAGCGCGCAGCCUCGACGAACCUCUCGUGAUAGCUCGAGCGUGACUGCCUUUGAGUCAGAACAAUCAUGGCGGCGCUUCUAA